ACAGAGACCCCCAAUUCAUAUACUAACAAACAUCUUGUUCACUUUACUCCCCUCCUUUCACUUAAACUCAUCUCCCCCCCUCUCUCUCUCCCCCCCUCUCUCUCAAUACUUAAGUUUAAAGCUCGAAUCUUGGCCAUGGACGCAGCAUCGCAGCUCGGUUACUGCGGAAUCGAGCCUCUCCGUCGCACAUUUUCCACCACUAAAACCUCCUCGCUACUUCACCUUUCGGUUCCGAGAAGAAAUCGGAAGCUUUCGAGGCGUAAUCGCCUCGAUGUUCGCGCCGUUGCCACGGAGCCUAAACCUACCGCCACAAAAACCUCCGGCACCGGCUCUUCCACCUCUCCGGCGAGUAGUAAACCGGUCAAUGGAUCCUUUAAUUCCACUAUUAACGGUUCUUCUACGAGAAUGGAGACAGUUUCUCAGGAAAUCAAGAGAGUCAGAGCUCAAAUGGAAGAAAAUGAGGACUUGGCAAUACUAAUGAGAGGACUUCGUGGUCAAAAUUUAAGCGAUUCUCAGUUUGCUGAUGAUAAUAUUCAGCUCCGUUUAGUUGAGGUUGAUGAAAGUAGUGAGUUUCUACCUAUGGUGUACAAUCCUGACAGCAUCUCCACAUACUGGGGAAAACGACCACGUGCUGUUGCAACUCGUAUUAUGCAGUUAACAUCUGUUGCUGGAGGAUUUCUUUCACGUCUUGCCUGGGAUGUGAUAAAUAAAAAAGUUAAAGAGAAUGAAGUUACUCGAGCGAUUGAGUUAAGAGAGAUUGUAACCUCUUUGGGUCCCGCAUACAUUAAACUUGGCCAAGCAUUGAGCAUUAGGCCUGAUAUACUUUCUCCUUCAGCAAUGACUGAGCUGCAAAAGCUCUGUGAUAAGGUUCCAUCAUAUCCAAAUGACAUUGCUAUGGCUCUUAUUGAGGAGGAGCUCGGUCAGCCGUGGUAUAACAUCUACUCCGAACUUACUUCCUCGCCAGUAGCUGCAGCCUCACUUGGGCAGGUGUAUAAGGGACGCCUCAAAGAAAAUGGAGACUUGGUAGCUGUUAAGGUACAAAGGCCUUUUGUUCUUGAAACCGUGACUGUUGAUUUGUUUAUCAUCAGGAACUUGGGAUUGGUACUUCGUAAGUUUCCUCAGAUAUCCGUCGAUGUGGUUGGAUUGGUUGAUGAAUGGGCAGCUCGAUUUUUUGAGGAGCUUGAUUAUAUUAAUGAGGGUGAAAAUGGUACAAUAUUUGCAGAGAUGAUGAGAAAGGACCUUCCACAGGUUGUUGUUCCUAAAACAUACACAAAGUAUACUUCAAGAAAGGUUCUUACUACACAAUGGAUAGAAGGAGAGAAGCUCUCUCAAAGUACUGAAAGUGAUGUUGGGGAGUUGGUUAAUGUUGGAGUCAUAUGCUACCUGAAGCAGUUGCUUGAUACAGGUUUCUUUCAUGCUGAUCCGCAUCCUGGAAAUAUGAUUCGCACUCCAGAAGGAAAGCUGGCUAUACUUGAUUUUGGCUUAGUCACAAAAUUAACCGAUGAUCAAAAAUAUGGAAUGAUUGAAGCUAUUGCUCACCUCAUUCAUCGAGAUUAUGGUGCUAUCGUGAAGGACUUUGUCAAACUUGAUUUCAUUCCUGAAGGAGUAAACUUGGAACCUAUAUUGCCUGUUCUGGCAAAGGUCUUUGAUCAGGCUCUUGAGGGCGGUGGGGCAAAAAACAUCAACUUUCAAGAAUUGGCAUCAGAUUUAGCACAGAUCACGUUUGACUAUCCAUUCAGGAUACCUCCUUAUUUUGCGCUUAUUAUUAGGGCAAUCGGAGUGCUAGAAGGCAUAGCUUUAGUGGGGAAUUCUGACUUUGCUAUUGUAGAUGAAGCAUACCCAUAUAUUGCGCAGAGGCUCCUUACUGAUGAAUCUCCACGUCUAAGGAGCGCUUUGCGCUAUACUAUAUAUGGAAGGUCAGGAGUUUUUGACGCGGAACGAUUUAUAGAUGUAAUGCAAGCCUUUGAAAGUUUCAUAACCGCUGCUAAAAGUGGAGGAGGAGAAGAGCUGAGUGGGGACAUGGCUGGGCUGGGAAUCGUGCAAAGCCAAACAAACUUUAUGUCUCUUGGAUUUCCGUCAAGUGUAUCUCAGACACAGCCAAUUCAAACAAGAGCAGCUUUGGCUUUUAUUCUGUCUGAAAAGGGAAACUUUUUUCGAGAGUUUCUCUUGGAUGAGGUAGUGAAGGGCAUUGAUGCAAUUACCAGACAACAGUUGGUGCAAGUGAUGGCACUUUUAGGAAUCGGAAAUACUGCUCCAGUUUUCAGCAUGGUUCCAGCAUUUGGUUCCAUGAGACCUGUAGGACUUUUACCAACAAUAACUGAAGAGGACAAAAUCAUUUUAAACAAUGUUCAAAAAAUUGCUGACUUUCUAACUUCUGGAGCAUCAACACCAAGAUCAUCCAAUCAGGUGGAGAAUAUUAGACAGGCGAUUCAAGAGCUGCUUCCCUUAUUACCAGGUCUCUCGACCACGGUACUUCCAGAGGUCCUCAAUCGGUUAUCUCAAAGAGUGGCAGCACGUAUCCUUCGUGAUGUAUUCUUGUGAAUUCAACACAAAUUAGAUAAUGUGCACGCAUUGCAGCUGCAAAGGAUGUUUGGGAUAAAUGUACGAGUGGAACUUGGCUUCUGAAUUUACGAGUACCGAUAUCGUUCUCCAAAGCAGACCAGCCAGAGUUUGGAUAACAUUUUUUCCAGAGGAUCACCCAUGAUGCCCGACACUCCACAGAUGUGCAUAUCUCUUGUACAUGUUAAAUAUAUAGCCUAUAUAAAUUUAAGUAUAUAUCAUAUAUAUUCAGUCUGCAGCUAAACUAAUGCAGAAAGUAAUUUUGUAAGAACUGCAAUUUGUAAAUUACUUCUUGUAAAGUUUAGAAAGUAAUAAAAUUUAGACGAACAAAAUUUUCUUGAAAAUAAAACGCGUGUUCAUCAGUUCAUGCA